GUGGGUAUAAAAACGGAGGCAUAGGGGGGCUUAGAGCGCAGAGCGGUUUGGUGGUUCGUUGGGAGGGGUACUUUCUCUGUCUCAGCUACUGCGGCUCUUUGGGCAGCAGCGGCUGCGCGGUGGUUGGAGAAGCGGCGUAUAACUUCGGCAUUAGGUAAAAGAAAAUGGCCCGAACCAAGCAGACUGCUCGUAAGUCAACGGGUGGGAAAGCGCCCCGCAAGCAGCUGGCCACCAAAGCGGCCAGGAAAAGCGCCCCCUCUACCGGCGGGGUGAAGAAACCUCAUCGCUACAGGCCCGGGACUGUUGCGCUUCGAGAAAUCCGUCGUUACCAGAAAUCCACCGAGCUUUUGAUCCGGAAAUUGCCUUUCCAGAGGUUGGUGAGAGAGAUCGCCCAGGAUUUCAAAACCGACUUGAGGUUCCAGAGUGCCGCCAUCGGCGCGCUGCAGGAGGCUAGCGAAGCGUACCUGGUGGGUUUGUUUGAAGAUACUAAUCUGUGUGCCAUCCACGCUAAGAGAGUCACCAUCAUGCCCAAAGACAUCCAAUUGGCUCGCCGGAUACGGGGAGAGAGAGCUUAAGUGAAGGCAGUUUUUAUGGUGUUUUGUAGUAAAUUCUGUAAAAUACUUCGGUUUAAUUUGUGACUUUUUUUGUAAGAAAUUGUUUAUAUGUUGCAUUUGUACUUAAGUCAUUCCAUCUUUCACUCAGGAUGAAUGCGAAAAGUGACUGUUCACAGACCUCAGUGAUGUGAGCACUGUUGCUCAGGAGUGACAAGUUGCUAAUAUGCAGAAGGGAUGGGUGAUACUUCUUGCUUCUCAUGAUGCAUGUUUCUGUAUGUUAAUGACUUGUUGGGUAGCUAUUAAGGUACUAGAAUUGAUAAAUGUGUACAGGGUCCUUUUGCAAUAAAACUGGUUAUGACUUGAUCCAAGUGUUUAACAAUUGGGGCUGUUAAGUCUGACCAUACAUCACUGUGAUAGAAUGUGGGCUUUUUCAAGGGUGAAGAUACAAGUCUUAACCACAGUGUAACUUACAGUUUCCUUAAAAAAAAAAAGUAAACCUGGCAGCUAUAGAAUACACUAUGUGCAUUUAUAAUAGCUAUUUUAUAUAUUGUAGUGUCAACAUUUUUAAAUUAAAUGUUUUACAUUGA